AUAAAUUGAGGUCAGUGGUUUCUCUCUAACCAAAAAUGAACCCUGGAGAAUAUUGAAUGCUUAAUUAGAUUUGGAAAAGGGGGGUGUCCCUAAUGAGAAGAAAUCCAUUCUGAUUGGUUAACAGUUAAUGAAAAUGAAUAUUAUAAUGAGACCCCAGGCCUGUAAUCAUAUCAGUAGUCUUAGAUCACAUCUCUACAGCAACUUAUACAGAAGAACUAUUUAACAGUCACUACUACUUGAGUAGAACAAUGGGCCAGAGUUUACCUAUAUUACAUUCUCUUUAACCUUUAAUCAAAACUAUGUUCUCCCAGUUGAAUGGGUUCUGCCCAAGAUUGGAGAGAAUGUUUCUUUGUCAGCCUUGUCCUUACAGGAAAGUAAAAAAGGGGGAAAAAACACUUCUUUGGGUCCUGUAUAUAAAAUUGGUUAUUAAUAUAAAAAUAUAUUUAUACAAUAAUCUUGCUGCACAAGAAAAAUCAGAUCAAAAAGAAAAAAUAGAAAGUGAAAUAUAAACAAACAACAAAAAAAGCAAAAAUGCUGUUUUGUAAUCUACAUUCAGUUCCCACAAUCCUCUCUCUAGGUGUAAUUGGCUCUCUUCAUCACAGAAUCAUUGGAACUGGCCUCAAUCAUCUCAUUGUUGGGAAGAAUUACAUCAGUCAGAAUUGCUUAUCAUAUAAUUCUUGUUGCUAUGUAUAAUGAUCUCCUGGUUCUGCUCAUUUCACUCAGCAUCAGUUCAUGUUAAAGACUCCCAGGUCCUGGCCAGCUAUACAGAGAGGCCCUAGUUCAGAGCAACCAUGACAACAGCCAUCUUGGAACGCCUCAGCACGCUCUCAGUCAGUGGGCAGCAGCUCCGCCGCCUGCCCAAGCUCCUGGAGGAUGGCCUUCCCAAAAUGCCUUGCACCGUCCCAGAGACUGACGUGCCCCAGCUCUUCCGGGAGCCCUACAUCUACACGGGCUACCGCCCCACGGGCCAUGAGUGGCGUUACUAUUUCUUCAGCCUCUUUCAGAAACACAAUGAGGUGGUCAAUGUCUGGACUCACUUGCUGGCAGCCCUGGCCGUGCUCCUGAGGUUCCAGGCCUUUGCCGAGGCCGAAGCCCUGCCGUGGACCUCGGCCCACUCCUUGCCCCUGCUCCUCUUCAUCUUGUCCUCCAUCACCUACCUCACCUGCAGCCUCCUGGCCCACCUGCUCCAGUCCAAAUCAGAGCUGUCGCACUACACUUUCUAUUUUGUGGAUUACGUCGGGGUGAGCGUCUACCAGUACGGCAGUGCCCUGGCGCACUUCUUCUACAGCUCUGACCCGGCCUGGUACGAGCGGUUCUGGCUUUUCUUCCUGCCGGCAGCCGCCUUCUGCGGCUGGCUGUCGUGUGCCGGCUGCUGCUACGCCAAGUACCGCUACCGGAGGCCUUACCCGGUCAUGAGGAAGAUCUGCCAGGUGGUACCGGCGGGGCUGGCCUUCAUUCUGGACAUCAGCCCCGUGGCCCAUCGAGUGGCGCUGUGCCACCUGUCUGGCUGCCAGGAGCAGGCUGCCUGGUACCACACCCUGCAGAUUUUCUUUUUUCUGGUCAGUGCCUAUUUCUUCUCCUGUCCGGUCCCAGAGAAAUAUUUCCCAGGCUCCUGUGAUAUUGUGGGUCACGGCCAUCAGAUUUUCCACGCUUUUUUGUCCAUCUGCACCCUCUCCCAACUGGAGGCCAUUCUCCUGGAUUAUCAAGGACGGCAGGAAAUCUUUUUGCAACGCCAUAGCCCUCUCUCCGUCUAUCUGGCCUGCCUCUCGUUCUUCCUCUUGACUGCCUGUAGCGGUAUUACUGCAGCCCUCCUAAGGCGCAAGAUCAAGGCCAGACUGACCAAGAAGGAUUCCUGAGGGUGGCAGAUUGGGGCUUGUAUGGUUUCUUGGAAAUUUGCUUGGAAAAAACAACAAUUCUAAAAAAAGUGGGGGGAGAAGAUUGAAAAAAAAAUUUUAAGAACUGUACUUUAAAUUAAACUUUAUUUCUAAGUAUGAGCUUAUGGCUGUAACGAUUGGAAAACUUAAAAGUCUUUUCUUAUUUUAAUAAUGGGAAUACUACUUUUCCUUCAGUGAUACAUCCUCAGAGUGCACAGUAAGGGUAGGUUCCAUCAUAACUUUGAAUCAAGGAGAACCCAGAUUGAUUGGUCCUAAUUGGGCAAAAUUUCAACUCCAGACUCCUCAGGCGAGUAACCCUCAGAAUGAGAGGGAUUUAAUACUGAACUGGAUAAAAUGCUGAAUGAAAUGCUGUUGGAACAUCAGCCCAGUUAUGCUGAUAUCUAAAGGGUGGGAUGAUCUCGGAACACUUUUUCAACUGAAUUUAGAACAUGAAGGGUCCAGAGAUCAGUGAUCAAAACCUAUAAACACAUUGAAUUAUUUGGUUCCUCUGAUCUUUUCUUUUUCUUCCCUCGCCCUUUUCCCAGGAUGACUGUCAGCUGCUUGGGGCCAGGCCAUUCAACCAAUUCUGAAGUGACAUGGGGACAGAAAAGACUGUAUUUCAGCUAUGUUUUCCCAAAAUGGAGUCUGUAGAGACAUUCAGAAAACCAUGUGUUCUGAUAUUCAUUCAGCCUCAGUGAAAUGCUAAGAAUGUCUAGGAGGGCCUCGCUCUCCAGAAUGUAUUUUGGUGGGCACUGUUGUUUUGCAUUCCAAUUUACUUUGGAGAUAUCAUCAUUGUUUUUAGGCUGGGAAACCCUAUGGGUUGAGCAGGGAAUCUGCUCUCCUCUUCAACCAGCCAGAUUCUGACUUGUAGAAGGGUGAGCUGUUUCCAUGUUUUUCUCAUUGAUUUAGAGAACACUUGAGGCCCUGUCUAGACAUUAUUUUUCCUACUUUAUCAACUCCAAGUAAAUCAUCCCAGCCCACCGAGGGAACUUAGAAAAAUAGUCUACCGUGAAUCUCCAAGUGAGUAGUAAGUCUACUUUGACCUGAAACAAAUCAUCCAGAAUUGCUCUGAAUAUCUAAGAAGAGUCCAUAUAUAUUAUUCCUAGGUUUGGACACAUGUGGGCUUUAUUUCCCAUUAAGAACAAACUUCAACUAGAAUUGCACUAUAGAAUGGAAGAUUCCCAUGGUAUGUGUCAGGACGGGCAACACUAACAGAGAACUUUAUAUGAUCCAAAAUAGUAGCUUAGGUCUCUGGCACAGCCAUGAAAUCCUUCCUUCUUAGAAGUUACCAAUUCUCCUUUAGCCUGUAUCAGUAAUUGUCAAGCUUAAUGAUGAGUCAGUCUGUUCUCCUCUCAGAACAGUAUUUAAAGCCCCCAUUCAUUGAGAUUUAUGUUUACAAGCUCUAACUCAUCUUUUUUUUUUUUUUCUUGGUCAGCCUUCAAGGUCCAUUUCCAUUGGACCCAAAAUAUUUGUUUAAAUUUUCUUUUUUUAAUUAUGAUUUCAUUGAGUCAGAGAAAUGUCCUAUUGGGAAAACUCCUCUACUAAUAAAGAACUUAUCUAUUAUUUUUUAUUUCACUUAGAGAGUUGUCUAGUACUUAGAAGCCCAAAGUCACACAAACCAGUAUGGGUCAGGAGCAGGACUUGAAUCUCUAGUCUUCUAGACUCAAAGCCAACCUAGUUCCUUAUUUUCUAGGCCAAGCUGACUGUUGUUUGAAUUUAGUGCCUUAUAAAUUCAAAUGUAUUCAUUGUUUUCAUAUUUGACCAGGUGGUGAUUUUUCCUUUUUAAAGAUUAAGGCAAUAAGGCCAAGGAAUAUUUCAUUCUCCCAACCAGCAAAUAGAGAAGGUAGGAAAAGGCUGGGUAUUGUUUUUUCAACUUUACAAACCCCAAAAAUGUUCAAGAAAACUUUAGUAUUACAUUUAUUAAUUGAUCAUAAGAAAUCUCAUAUUUAUGUCACCUUUCAACCAACUGGAUAUCUCAUGAUUGAACUUUAAAUUCCAGAGAAUUUAUGAAACUAGUUUCUCAUAUAUUUAACAGCUGUGAUAUUCAAUACAAAUAAAGCCAAAUAAACUGAAUAGGCUUGAGUUAAGAUUACAUUGAAAAAGUGUACAAAUAUAUGAAGCAAGCCUGGUUUCAGUAUUGCCAUUUGACCCAACAACUAGAUGAUGGUGGAAGUAUUAUUGAUGAUGUCUUGAAAAACUUUAUUUUUAAAGGAAUUGGAGUGAAGAGAAUUGUCUUUUCAUUAAGUCAGUUUUUGUGAUUGACCUGUGAUUCUGUUUAAUACCAAAGAUCUUUACACUAAGACCAGAUGUUUACAAAAGGAGAAUGGGAAGCAAAGGAUUCCAAUAUUGCUGAGAUGGAAAGGAUAUUUCAGAAUAUCACUGAUCAACAUUGAGUGCAGGUACCAGGUGAAAGAUAGGAAGUAAAAGAAAUAGAUAAAUAACUUAUUAAGGGUAUAUGUACUAAGCAGUGGGAAUACAAAUACAAGCAAGCAAGACAAUCCUUGCCCUCAAGAAGCUUACAUUCAAAUGGAAAGGUAAUACAUAGAGAAGAACUGAAAAGGGGAAGGAAAGAUGUACAAAAUGCAAGGAAGUGGACCUCCUAAUAGGCAAGAUAAUGUGAAGGCCUCCCCAUCUGAGAACUUUAGUGAAAUUUAAUUUUCUAGUACCCAGAAGGAAAAGAGACAGAGCAAUUAAUGUGAUGAUGUAGAAAUGGUAGUAGCUUUUCUCUAGAUACAUUCAGAGUGUGCCUUGGUUACUUCCCACAUGUUAUGACACAGCUUAUUUAAGAUUUGUUCCCUCAUUCAUGUAUUUUUACCAGCCAUCUGUUUUAAAUGCUAUGAUCAUAUGACCUUUCUGGAGUCAAUUAACUCUAAAUGAUUAUCAUGAAAAGGAAAUAUAAUUAAGCCAGUCUAGAUUCAUCUCAGAGAUUUAAAGAGAACCAGAGCAGUGAAUACUUAAGAAUUAGAUUCCAAAGAGGGCAAGUUUAAUUGGACAAUAAUGCAUAGUUUGGGUAUUUGUCAAUACAGAGUAUGAACAUUAAGAGCCCAAGACUGUUAAUAAAUCUUCUUAAUUCUUGACUGAGAUAUACUUCCAUCUAUUAGUGUUCUGAAAAUCAUUUUAAGUUCCAUAUUUAAUCAACUGUUUGAGUUCCUCUGUACAUAUAGACCCUCUCUUUUUUUAUCUAGAAUGAGUCUAUCCCCAUGGCUUAGGACUGGGUGAUCUAAAAAAAAAUAAAAAGAUUAGAAAAAGAGUUAUUGAGUCAUUUCAGUCAUGUCCAACUCUCUGUGACACCAUUUGGGGUUUUCUUGGCAAAGAUACUGGAAAUGGUUUGCCAUUUUCUUCUCCGCUCAUUUUACGAGGAACUAAGGCAAACAGGGUUAAGUAACUUGCCCAGGAUCACACAGCUAGUAAAUGUCCAAGUCUGGAUUUGAACUCAAGUUCACCUGACUACAAUCUGGCACUCUAUCUAGCGUGCACCUAGAAAGAAUAACUACUUUUAAUGGGGUGUGCCUCUCAAAAACUCAAAAACCACAUAAGGCUAGAAAAUUGCAGAGAGCUGCAAUUUAUUUCAAUACACUCUAAGUUGCUUUUUUCUGUAUGAGUGCUUGCAUUUUUUUUAUUUAAAAAAUUCUUAUCAUACAUUUUUUUAAAGUUCUUAUGCAAUAGAAAAAGAAUCUAGAAUUGCUUAGUCAUACAAUUGUUAUGAGUUUGCCAAUUAUCAGUGGACUCUUCCAGCUUUAAUCCCUAUGAUACUAAUCUUUUAUUGUUAAAAGAAAUGUUAUAUGCAUCCCACACAUUGGUUGGGUAUGAAAUUGGAAAAAGCAUAACAGCUUUAUGACUUUAAGAAAUUCAGAUUGGCAUCAAGAAAUAGCAAGACAUUCUUAGAAAUAAAAGUAAUAAGUUUUUAAAAAUCACUUCAAACAGAUUUUAAGACAUGAGAUAAAAGAAAUGACUAUGACCAGCAAAAAUUCCAGGUAAAUCUCAGAUAGUUUAAAGAAGUUUGAUUAUACAUAAAAAGUAUAUAUUAAGGUAAAACUAAUUCAUUUUGUAUAAAAAUGGAAAGAGAAAAUGAGGAUGUCCAAUUUUAGAACAGGUUGGAUCAAAGCAUUCAUAAGACAAUAGCAAAGGUACUAAGAAGAUAACCAAUUGGGAUUAGAUAUUCUUAACCAUUGCACUGACAGAUGUGAUUUUUCAAUGAAAUUUUUGAUACUUUUUAAAAAUGUAAGUUCAUUUAGGAGAGCUAAUAUUUUAAGCUGUCACAUAAUCCUAAGGACUUCAAAUCCCAGUUUUCAAAGUGUGUGGGGGCACAUUACAAGAUAGAGAUAAAUUUGCUUAUUGUCCUUAGAAGGAAAUUCAUCAAUAAAUUAGUUAUCCAGCCAUUUACUUGUGCAUAAGAAAUAGUGCCCUUAUUCCCAAUUUAGUUGUAAGGACACUAUCAAGGAAAAUUCCUCUUAAGUCUCCUACUGAAAGCAUGCAGAUUGCAAGGAAAAAAUUGGAACUCAAAAUGUUAUUAAAAAUAAAUGUUUUAAAUUAUCCAUACAUAUAACUAGAAAAAUACUAUUAAAAAAGACUUGCAGAUUCAAAGUUUCAAAAGUAAAGCAGGGAGUGGUGAAGCUAAGAUGGCAAGUUAAAGGCAAGGAUUCACCUAAUCUCUCCCAAAUUCCCUUCCUAACAACUUGAAAAUAAAGCCUCAAAAAAGAAUUUUGGAUCAACAGUACAAACAAAAAUAAUUGGGGAAAACAAUUUUAUAGACCAACAGAGUUUAGAAGGUUGGCAAGAAAGAUCUAUCUCAUUAGUGUAAGAGAGAAGAAUAGUCCAGGGCACCUUUAUAAGCCAGCAGCAAGUCCAGAGCCCUAGGUCAAGCCAACAGCAGAUUUUGAGAGCAACUGUAUUUUCAGUAGCAACUUCUGCAACUCUCAGCCCACAGAAUGUAAGAGGGUCAAAUAACUAGGUAGGAAGAGAUUUCAGGGGACUCUUAGUUGACCAUGGUUGCAUUGCCCAUUUGGGGAUCCCAAUUGCAGUCCCAGGGUGAGGAGGAACACUAAUACACUGGAGCUCCUAGCAGCAGAGAAGUGGGGAUCCUGGUCUGUUUCAAGGCAGAAAACGGUACCUUUGAAUGCUUUCAGAACAGACUAUUGGCCAGGAAAACUAUGACCAGACCUUUCCUUAGAUUGAACCACCUCUGAAGAACUGAAAACUUACAACCCUUUCCCCUUUUCCCCCCCAGAAUUACCUCUGAAAACAAGAAAACAAAAAAACCUGAAGCUUGGGAUAGUGUCUUGUCCAUUCCAGAAGCACAGCCCAACUUUAACAUAAAGCUAAAGUAGAGAAAUAAGCUGGAAAGUGAGCAAAUAAAAAAAGCAUAGAAACCAAAAAAAGGGGGCCCUUAGAAAAUCACUUAUGAUGAUUGGGAAGAUCCAAAUAUAAAUUCAAAAGAAGAUAACAGUGUCAAAAUGGCUAUGUACAAAGCCUUAAAGAAAAAAAGUGAAUUGAUUUCAGGCUCAAAAGAUUUAUAGGAAAAACUUUUAAAAGGAUUUUAAAAAUCAAAUGAGAGGUAGAGGAAAAAUUGGGAAAAGAAAUGAGUGAUACAAGAGAAUCAUGAAAAAAAAAGUUAACAGCUUAUAGAAGAAAACCAAAAUAAUGAAAAAAAAUUUUUAAAAUGAAAACAAAAAGUAAAAUUGUCCAUUUGGAAAAGAAGAUACAAAAACUCACUGAAGAAAAUACUUCCUUAAAAAUUGUAAUUGGAUUGGAUUACUUGUUGUCUAAGGUGAUGGAAUGGAGGGAAGGGAGAAAAAAAUUGGAAUAUAAGGUUUGCAAGGGUGAAUAUUGAAAACUUAUCUAUGCAUAAAUUUUGAAAAUUAUAAAGCUUAAAAAAUUGUGCAAGUGUAAGCUAAUGAUUUCAUGAAGCAUUAAGAAAUAAAACAAAGAUGAAACAAAAAAAAAUGCUGGAGUUGGAAUCAGAGGAUUUAAGUUUAAAUCUUGACUUUGCCACUAGCUGUGUGACCUUGGAAACAUUAUUUAAUUUCUCUGGCCUCUGUUUCCUCAACUUGAAAAUGAGGGAGAAGUAGGAGAUUGGAAUGACACAAGUCUUUUCUAGCUUUAAUUCUAUAUUCCUGUGAUGCUAUGACCUGCACUUCCUUAUCUGUUAAGGAAAGAUGGAACUAUAUAGCCUCUGAGAUCCUUCCCAAUUCUAAAUCUGUGAUCCUAUGAAAAUGAAAUCCUUUCCACAUUUUACCUUUCCUUUUUUGGCAAGUGGAUACACUUAAAGCCAAUGUUUUCAAAUAUUGAACCUUUGGGUGCGGCAUUUGCAAUUUCAACUAAUUGCCCUAGAUGGCACUCUUUGCUUAGAAAAUCCUCUCCAACAACUACUCAAGUUAAUUUUUCCUCUGACAAUUUUGUUUAGUUAUUGAUCAACAAACAAGCAUUUACUUGUUGCCAUCUGUAUGCUGGGCAUUGUAUAGACACUGGGGAUACAAAUAAAAAACAGUUCUGGAAUUCUGUUUAUAAAUGUAUAUUUAUGUGAACAACUUGUUAAAGAAAAUGUUUUGGUAUUUUUUCUGUGACAACAAUUUAAAGUCAUUUUACCUAUUCUACAA